AUGGCAAACUCUCAAGAUCGUCCUACAACUGCAUACAGACAGAGGAUACUGGAAGAGUUUCUCUCCUGUAGCAUCUGCAAGAAGCCUUACAGGCAGCCCAAGUUCCUGCCAUGUCACCAUUACUUUUGCCAGGAGUGUUUGGAAGUUCGGCACGAACAAUGGUUAGAAACUUGUGAAAGGGCAGAAAGGCCAGACCCGUUCAGGUGCCCAGACUGUGCCCAUCCUGUGACUUUGCCUACCGAGGGGAUAGCAGGACUCCUUAACAACCAUCGUAUAGCCAACCUGUGUGAAGAAUUCUCCAAGAAAACCUUACUGACACCUGCAUACAUGCAGAAGGGAGGGCAGAAGAACAUGUGCAGCUCCCACCCUCAAAAUGAGAUCCAGCUCUACUGCCUAAAGUGUAAGGUACCGGUCUGUAGUGAUUGCAUCACCCAUUCUCACUCUGGGCACACAACCUGUGAGGCAAAACAGAUUAAGGAUAACAUCAUCGCUGAGCUCGACACUGGCUGGCAGAAGAUGGAGGCAUCUACAAACUUCCUCCAAGAGAUAAAAAAACGACACAAAAAACUGGUGGACAACAAAGUACAAACUCAACAGGAGAUAAACAAGGCUUGUGAUGAUCAGGUGAAGAAGAUUCAAGAUCAGCGGGACAAACUGUUGGCUACUGUGGAGAAGGUAUUUGAGGACAACAUGGCUGCCUUGAUAGAACAGAAAGACCAGGUGUUGACCCAGCUGGUCAAACUGUCCAUAUUGUGUGAAAGAACAGAACAGCUCAUGGAACAAGAAGAGGGGGUGUGGCUCUUAGAGGAUGUAGACCUGGCACCUGCACUCAAAGAAAGGUUCCAGAAUGUUGCAACUCCUGAUGAGAUCUGUGAAGUGAAACUUUGUCAUUUUGAGCCAAAGAAAUCUGGUGCACACAUUGAGUUAGGCAAGGUAACAUCACAACCCAUGUCAGACAAACAGUUGCUUCAGUCCAAAGUGACAGAUCUAGAUACUCGACAAGUUAGAAGUACAAAUGUCAGCACAAUUAGGGUGGGAAAUAUGUGGGUGAAGAAAGUCAGGUUUGGGGGAGAGGGAUCAUGUAGGGGGAAGUUUGAUGGUCCUGUGGGAGUAGCCGUGUCACAAGAUGAUAAGUUGUACAUUGCUGAUCUCAAUAACAGCAGAAUCCAGGUGUUCACAAUGGAUGGUGUUUAUGUCAGAGAGUUCACAACAACUCUGCCAGGGGGAACUGGUGAAAAGUUUGAACCAUGUGAUGUUGCUAUAGGCAGAAAUGACAACCUGUGGGUGGGCAUUUGUGUUGAUGGGAUGGGAAACAUCAUUGUGGCUGACUUUGGAUAUGGUUCUUUACAAAUGCAUGAUAGUCAGGGCAGAUUUCAGUGUGAUAUUGGAAGUGGUAUGGAGCGGCCCUGUGGUGUAGCUGUGUCACCAGGUGGAGAUGUGGUGGUGACUGAUUACAAAGAUCACACUGUAUCAGUCUGGACACAGGGUUAG